AUGUGUGGGCAGGUGGAACGUGGUGUUCUAACCAGAGGGCGCCACCAACAUACUUCAUCAGGGUCGCCUCAUGACCAUAAACCUCCCCCACCAGAUACAAGUUUCUAUAAUAAUCGCAUCUUCUACGUUGUAACGACGCUGGGUCCUAGAAAACCCCAACGCUCGGGUUCCAACAGCAACCCCCAGAGGUGCUGGGAGGAAGAUGGUCUUCUGUCUGGCUGCAGUCCGACGCCACCUCAGCGUCUUUACCUGGAGACCAGCUUCACAUCCUUGCAGAGCCCUUCGGGAGCCCCCAGCAACGCUUCUUCCAUUACCAACGGCUAUUUCUCGAGCAGGAGUCAACCCUCGCCGAUUUUUCCUAUAACUAAGAGCUUAAGUUUGACGCUGAAAAGACAAACACCAAGUCCCGGAUUAAAGUUAGAUUUGAUCCACGAUGACUGGUUUGGAUUAGCGCCUUUAGCGAGUCCGGAAAGUCUGUCGGAGGUAUCGAGUAUUAGUUCAAGGACUGGCGUUCUAGUAACUCAGACUACGGUUUGCGAAAUUAAUACUCCAAAAAUUAUGAGACGUACUCCAAAAAUAAUCGGGAGUCUGAGUACUUGUGCCGAUGAUAUACGUAACGUGAGGAACUUCCAGAUGGCCAAAAUAUUCAGAAGGUGUUCAAACAACGGUAGUCCUGCUACUAACUCCAGUAGUAAUUUAAGUUAUGAGUCGGCUGCUUCCAGCAGCAAAUGUAACAACUGUGAUAAUGUCACUGAGACGAAGUGUUGUAGCGGUUCUUCAGACAAAAUGAUCAGUGGUGAAAGUGAUGAGUUUCAGUCAGCUGAAGACAUACUAGACAACGUUUUGGCGAGUGCCGGAUGUAAAGACUUUUUUAACAGUAAUUCCGUGUUUUUGGAAACACAUUUCGACCUCUUGGAGGAAGCACCCACCAAAAGCGACAGAGGUGCCCAGUCCCCUUCCACGUCGCAGGAGAUGGAUCCUGACAUCAUCUCGAACUUUGCCAUCGACCUUAAUUUGGACGAAGAACAUCGUUCGUUCCAGUUCGUCUCCCGAAAUAACGACACUUCCAAGCCCAACAGCGUUGAUUCCGGCAGCGUCUGCAGAACACCCUCCGAUACGAAAAACGUCACUUUCAAUCCUCAAGUCAUCAAUAUCGACACCAGCAUAAUGCCUAGCGAUUACAGCCCCUCUCGUAAACAUUGGCAUAUAUUCAAGACCCGAAAACAUAAAAACAGCGAGACCGCGGCACGAAUGGCUGCUGCACGCAUUAUCAGCGAAACACCAGUUCCCAAAACUAUAUUGUGCGUGAAAAGACGUAACAGUGAGGAAGAAUGUUUUUCUCGUAACGAGGCAUUGCCUUUGUUGAGCGGUCUUAACGUUACCGGUGAGAGGACGUCCCCUAAUUUCGUAAGACGGAAAAAAUAUAUUUACCCUGCCGAUAUGACUAUCAAAGGGGAGAGUAGUGUGUAGUGCCUCUUUCUCGUUUAGUGAUUGUUAAAUUUCCUUCGACCAAAAAUCAAUUGUGACUUUGAAUUGUGCGAAGUCCACAGCAAGACGAACCGAAGCCUAAUAUGAGACUCGUAAAAUGAUGUAUGUAUUCAUACUCGGGAAAUAGUAGGGUCCAAGAACGUACCUACGGUAGAUUAAGGAUAUGAAAUGUGCAGAGUGUGUAUUUAAUAAUAAUAAUUAUUAUUAUACAUAUUAAAGUGAAAUAUAAAGAUUCAUAGAUUUC